AGUUUACCGCCAACGCUUGUGUUGGCUUCAUGUCGCUCCUUAUAACGCAAACCGUUAACGAAACAAAAACUUUGAAUAUCGAACCGCGUGCGUUCCAAUUUUGAUAUUUAAAUAAGAAAACUUAAAGGCAUAUUGAAAUAUUUUUUUUUAUGAAUAAAUAUAGGUCUGGGAAAAAGCUGAAUGUGAACCAGAUCUAGUCAAUCAGUGAUAGAUAAGAGAGAAGUGAUAAGGAAAUCGAUAGAGCACGUUAUUUUGGUUUCGGUGAAUUCGAAGUUUGGUGCAAGUUAUUUUCUGUGGUGUAGUGAUGCAUUCAGUGGGUUAUACAUUGUCGAAUGCCAAAAUAUAAUCGAGUUUUAAGCUGAGCAAGGCUCCAACGUCCGUUUUCCAUCCAGGGCCACAUGGAGCACGCACUCCAGCACCGGGAGCGCGUCGGCGUUCAGGACUUCAUCUUGCUCGAGGACUACCGCUCCGAGGCUGCCUUCAUAGACAACCUCAGGAAGCGGUUCAGGGAGAACAUUAUUUAUACAUACAUCGGCAAUGUGUUGAUCUCCGUAAACCCAUACAAGAACCUGCCAAUUUACACAGAGGAGAAGAUCCAGCAGUACUACAAGAAAGCGUUUUUCGAGGCACCACCACACGUAUUCGCAAUUGCAGACAACGCGUACAGAUCGCUUGUAUAUGAACACAGAGAGCAAUGUAUAUUAAUCUCGGGUGAAUCAGGUUCCGGCAAGACAGAGGCAUCCAAAAAGAUCCUCGAAUACAUAGCGGCUCGCACCAACCAUUUGCAAAAUGUCGAGACAGUUAAAGACAAACUUCUCCAAAGCAACCCACUAUUGGAAGCCUUCGGCAACGCCAAAACACACAGGAAUGACAACUCCAGUCGUUUCGGCAAAUAUAUGGACAUCCAGUUUAAUUAUGAAGGUGGACCAGAAGGAGGGCAUAUCCUAAACUAUCUACUGGAAAAGUCAAGAGUCGUGAGCCAUAUGGAUGGAGAGAGGAACUUCCACAUAUUCUACCAGCUUCUAGCAGGCGGUGAUGCUGCUUUGAUGAGCCGACUAAGGCUGCAAAAUAGGCCAGACGCUUACAAAUAUACCACUGAUAUUACAAGUCCCGUUAGCCAGAAGAACCAUGACGCAGAGCAGUUCCGGAUAGUGCAGGAAGCUAUGAAGGUCAUUGAAAUUGGUGAAGCGGAGCAAGGCGAGAUCUUUGCUAUCGUAGCCACAGUCCUACAUCUCGGGAACAUCAAGUUUGUGAAAAACAAUGAGGGAUAUGCUGAGAUUUUGAAUCACGAUCCCAAUACAGAAAAUGUAGCUGAACUUCUCAAAGUGGAUGCGACGAAACUCCGUGAAGUGCUGACCAGCCGUACCAUCGAAGCGAGUCAUGACGUCGUCAAUACUCCAUUGGAUGUGGAGCAAUCGCAAUACGCCAGGGAUGCACUAGCCAAAGCCAUCUACGGCAAACACUUCAACUGGCUGGUGGCGAGACUGAAUGCCUCUCUGGAGCCUAAGGAUAAAAUUGCCAUGUCGUCUGUCAUCGGCAUUCUGGAUAUCUAUGGUUUUGAGAUCUUCCCCAAAAAUAGUUUUGAACAGUUCUGCAUCAACUUCUGCAACGAGAAACUCCAGCAACUGUUCAUCCAGCUGACCCUCAAGUCGGAGCAGGAGGAGUACCUCCGCGAGGGCAUCACAUGGGAGCCGGUCGAGUAUUUCAACAACAUCAUCAUUUGCGACCUGAUUGAAGCCAAACACAAAGGUAUAAUUGCGAUCCUUGAUGACGAAUGCCUCAGGCCGGGAGAUGCGACCGACAGCAGUUUACUGGAGCGCUUGACCCAGCAUCUGGAUCAGCACCCCCAUUACAAAUCCCACAGGAAGGCUGACACUAGGACCCAGAAAAUCAUGGGGCGAGAUGAGUUUUGCCUGAAGCACUACGCCGGCGAGGUCACAUAUAAUGUGAACACCUUCCUUGAGAAGAACAACGACCUGCUGUUCAGGGAUAUUCAGACCCUGAUGGCCUCCAGCGGCAACAGCAUCGUGGCUAACUGCUUCAAGGAGUACAACCUAUUAAGUAAGAAACGGCCCGAAACGGCGAUCACGCAGUUCAAAAAUUCACUGAACGAUCUCAUCAAGAUCCUGAGCAGCAAGGAGCCCUCCUACAUCAGGUGUAUAAAGCCCAACGACGCCAAGAUGCCAAUGCAAUUCGACGAAAAGCUAAUUUCUCACCAAGUGAAAUACCUCGGACUGAUGGAAAACCUGCGCGUGCGCCGCGCCGGCUUCGCUUACAGGCGCACAUAUGAGGCAUUCCUUGAGAGGUACAAGUGCCUGAGCGCUGAGACAUGGCCGAAUUUCCACGGACCGCCGCGAGAUGGCGUGCAGAAACUCGUCGAGGCAAUGAAAUACGAAAGGGAAGAGUACAGGAUGGGCAACUCGAAAAUCUUCAUCCGCUUCCCGAAAACACUAUUCGAGACUGAAGACGCGUAUCAAGUGAAGAAGAACGACAUAGCCACCAUUAUCCAGAGCCGCUGGCGAGGGUACCGGCAGAGACGGGAGUACCUCAGGAUGAGAGCAGCCGCUAUCGUGAUAGAGAAGUGGGUGCGAAGGUUCCUCGCGCAGAGGCUGAAGGAGAGGAGAAAGAAGGCAGCCCUCGUCAUCAGGGCCUUCAUUUCAGGUUUUAUCACCCGCAACGGCCCCGAGACCCCGGAGAACCGUCGUUUCCUCGGCAUCGCGAAGGUGCACUGGCUGAAAAGACUGGCAACCCAACUGCCCACCAAGAUCCUCGACCUUUCAUGGCCGGUCUGCCCUGCGACCUGCCAAGAAGCCUCCAGGGAGCUACAGAGGUUGCACCGGGCGUUGUUAUCACGUCGCUACCGGCUCGCGCUCACCGCGGACCAGAAGAAGCAGUUCGAGCUCAAAGUGCUCGCGGAGAGCAUGUUCAAAGGCAAGAAGAACAGCUAUCCGAGCAGCAUCAAGGACAGGUUCACGGACGACCGGCUCACGCUUGAGCACCAGACCCUGAGGAAUACCUUCAUGGCGUCGCCCCUGUGGCCCGCCGGGGAACAGCUCAUUUACUCAUGUGAGGCGGUGAAAUACGACCGGCGUAAGUACAAGCCGCGCGACCGGUCCCUGAUCGCGUCUAACAAGGCGCUGUACGUGCUGGACGCGGCCGGCCGCAAGACGUACAAGCUCAAGCACCGGCUGCCGCUCGACAAGCUGCACGUCAUCGUCACCAACGAGUCGGACAGCCUCGUGCUCAUCAAGAUACCGCAGGAGCUGAAGAAGGAUAAGGGAGAUUUGAUAAUAUCGGUGUCGCACCUGAUCGAGGCGCUGACCAUCGUCACGGACUACACCAAGAAGCCGGACCUCAUUGAGAUCGUGGACACUAGGAUGAUCGCUCACAAUUUGGUGAACGGCAAACAAGGCGGCACCAUCGAGGUGAUCAACGGACCCCAGCCGACCAUCCACCGCGCUAAAAGCGGCAAUUUACUUGUUGUCGCAACGCCUUGAGGACGUAAACCAGUAUUGUGAUACUGUCGUUCCAACUCUUCGCACCAAUAAUCAAACGUAACAACGACAAUUUGUAUUAUAUUAAAAUCAUUAAUAUCAAAUUCGACCAUAGCCUAAACAAAAAUAUAAGAUAACCAUAGAUACUCGAAAACAAUCUUUUAAAUUGGCAUCGUAUAUUUUUGAUCAGGUUAUGUCUAUUAUCUAUUACCAGAUUUUUUUUUACUAAUUUAUUUUAAGUAAGCGUAAUAAUUAGUCAUGUUAGUGAAAAAAUGGCACAUUCAACUUAAAUAAAAAUAAUUUUGCUUCACUCAGUCGCUAAUACAAAGAGUGAUAAGUGGAGAUAAAACAUUUUCUAGAAUGAUUACAAAUAUUUUUAUACUUACUUCAUUUUUUAUCAGAUUAUUGUAAUUAUAAGUGAAUUUCCGUUAUUUAUGUUCGUUCGAUUUUGGUAUUUCCCCUAAAUAUAUUUAAUGAUCAUAAUUGUUUAAAUGUGAUAAUUGUAUUUAAUUAUACGUACAAAGUACUUAGUAUUUUUUUGUAUGCCAUAUAAGAAAAUGUUACACAGACGUUUGUAUGAUUUGUACUUUCCUGUAUUUGUAUUGUUUAUUUUAUUAAACACACAUGCCAAUUAUAUAUUUCUAAUUAUAUACUUUAUUUUUAAAACGUUUUAUCUUCGACUGAAGCUAUCUCAAAUUCUGCUUACAUUGUUAGUUUGGGAAUUAAUAGUAUAUUACUGCAGCGGCCCGCAACUGAGGCAUUGCUGGACGAACGUGCAAAUGUGGGCCAAGGCGUAGCCGAGGCACACAUACGUUAAUCCAUCAAUGCAUAGUUGUGGCCAAGGCUUGUAUAGUACUUUUCUCAAACAAUGCGCGGAAAUCAAAAACAUAAUUACAUACUAUAUACUAUUACAAUAAUAGGUAUAUUAGUGUUUUUUUUAACUACUUUGCCUAUCUCCGUAUGAGUUUAACUCUUUAUCUAACAAUAUAAUAAUAUACAACGACGUGAUAGUUUUAGUCGAGGUAACUUAUAGUACUUAAUAUAACGAUCCCAAACACAUUUAUUUAUCCUUUCAUCUUCACCUGAAUAAAUAGCAUAUUUUGUCUUUUUCAUGCCCAAUUAAACCAGAAUAAAUGAUGAGAGGAUAUAAAGGAUUAAAAUAGUACUUUAUAUUAAUCAUGAUACUACUCUUUCGUAUGUCCAGCUGAGGAAUAUUCGUUUUGUGAAAUUGAAUUGUAAAUCCGUACACACUCUCGGUAAUUCAGUUUAUACUGGCGGGAUACCAAUAAAUGGAUCGACCUCCACCCGGUCCCCCUGUAUAAUAUAUUACUAUUAAUUAAUUAUUUUGUAUUAUAAUUAUAUAUGAUUGUAUUAUGAUUCGCAUAGAGGGACUAUUUUAGGGCCAAUAUUUAGGGCGUGGUCCUAUUUGAAUAUACUGUAUUUUUCCCCCAAUUUAAUACCCACACUAUCUAUAAUUUUAUUUAUUUUUAAGCUGAAUCAAAGGUGCCUAUAUAAGUAUAGUAAUUUAUAUUAGGUAUUCAGAUUAGUAAUUCGCUUGUUGAACUGUUUAUAAGAAAAGUAAAGUUUCUUUUCGUUUUUUAAACAUCUAAAUUUUAGAUGUUUAAUAAAAACAUUUUGUAUACAAGUUUUUAUACAUAAACGAAUCAUGUAGAUGUUUGGAUAAUGACCAGUUAGUACAGUGGCAGCAAUUGUAAUGUAUUGAAAUAAAUUUUAAAGCAUAAAAAAGGAAUGGCAACCCUGCUUGCGCUGUUGGUGAUGAAAUAACCUCAAUAAGUCCAUCGUGACAAAUUCGCUAGGAUUUAAUCAAUAUGGUUUCCAAGGACCUGUCGAGGUUGACUUGACAAGGUAUAGAUUUAGCAAUGGGCUUUUUGAAUAAAAUAAUUAUAAUUUAUCUAAUUGAUACAUUAAAAUAUACUAAAUUGAAAAUUUCGCGGUUAAAAAUCUUUUCUGCAUUUGGACAUUUUUAUAUGAAUAAUAAGACGUAUUUUUUUUGUAGCGGCCAUUGAUUACGUUAAUUUUAAAUUUGUGCCGUAAUUUAAAGUGAAUUAAAGGAAAGAAGUUCCAAUUUACACCUUGUGAUUACGAGUAUUUCUAAUUUCUGCUGCCGCUGUUAUUUAUGAACUGAUCGGUCCAGUCGUAAGCCAUAAAUUAGUCGGGCAAAAUCAGUGCCUUAUAAUAUUAACUCGGUUCCUUUAUAGUCAUUUUUUAAAUAAAUGUAUUUUGAUAUUA